CUCCCCGCCCCGCCCCGCCAGUGCCAAUUCAGCGGGAGCCAGGGGACCGAGGGCAGAGAUGCCGCAAUGACGGACCGUGGCUUCCCUACCCUGAGACCGCGCCGGAUCCAGAACCAGAACGUAAUCCAUCGACUGGAGCGGCGCCGCAUCAGUUCGGGCCGGGCGGGCAGCCACUGGCACCAGGUGCGUGUCUUCCACCAGAACGUCUUCCCCAACUUCACGGUGGUCAAUGUGGAGAAGCCGCCCUGCUUCCUGCGCAAGUUCUCUCCCGAUGGGCGCUACUUCAUCGCCUUCUCCUCGGACCAGACGUCGCUGGAGAUCUACGAGUACCAGGGCUGCCAGGCGGCCGAGGACCUGCUGCGGGGCCAUGAGGGGGAGGUCCUCGCCGGCAGCAGCGACCAGCUUCCACCGCAGCAGCAGGCGGCGGCAGCCCUCCGUGGGCGGCUCUUCGAGCGCUUCUUCGUCCUGCUGCACAUCACCAGCGUGGCGGCCCACGGCGAGCACUUGAACCGCGAGUGCAGCCUCUUCACGGAUGACUGCCGCUGCGUGAUUGUGGGCUCGGCCGCCUACCUGCCCGAGGAGCCCCACCCGCCCUUCUUCGAGGUGUACCGCAACAGCGAGGCGGUCACCCCCAACCCCCGCUCUCCGCUGGAGGACUACUCGCUGCACAUUGUCGACCUCCACACCGGCCGCCUGUGCGACACGCGCACCUUCAAGUGCGACAAGGUCAUACUGUCGCACAACCAGGGCCUCUACCUGUACGGGAACAUCCUGGCUGUCCUGUCGGUCCAGCAGCAGACCAUCCACGUCUUCCAGGUCACCCCCGAGGGCACCUUCCUGGAUGUGCGCACCAUCGGCCGCUUCUGCUACGAGGACGACCUGCUGACCCUGUCGGCCGUCUACCCUGAGGUCCGGCGGGACGGCCAGGCGGGCAUGGCCGGCCCCUACAAGGAGCCAGCCAUCAACUCGCUGAAGCACCGGCUGCUGGUGUACCUGUGGCGCCGGGCCGAGCGCGAUGGCAGCGCUGUGGCCAAGAGGCGCUUCUUCCAGUACUUUGACCAGCUGCGCCAGCUGCGCAUGUGGAAGAUGCAGCUGCUGGAUGAGAACCACCUGCUCAUCAAGUACACCAGCGAGGACGUCGUCACUCUCAGGGUCACCGACCCCUCCCAGCCAUCCUUCUUCGUGGUGUACAACAUGGUGACGACGGAGGUGAUCGCCGUGUUCGAAAACACCUCGGAUGAGCUGCUGGAGCUCUUUGAGAAUUUCUGUGACCUCUUCCGCAAUGCCACCCUGCACAGCGAGGCUGUCCAGUUCCCCUGCUCUGCCUCCAGCAACAACUUCGCCAGGCAGAUCCAGCGCCGGUUCAAAGACACUAUCGUGAAUGCCAAGUAUGGCGGGCACACGGAGGCGGUGCGCCGCCUGUUGGGGCAGCUCCCCAUCAGUGCCCAGUCGUACAGUGGCAGCCCCUACCUCGACCUUUCGCUCUUCAGCUACGAUGACAAGUGGGUGUCGGUCAUGGAGCGGCCCAAGACAUGCGGCGAUCAUCCCAUCAGGUUCUAUGCUCGGGACUCUGGUCUGCUCAAAUUUGAGAUCCAAGCUGGCCUGCUGGGCCGCCCCAUCAACCACACAGUCCGCCGCCUGGUGGCCUUCACCUUCCACCCAUCUGAGCCCUUCGCCAUCUCAGUGCAGAGGACCAACGCUGAAUACGUUGUCAACUUCCACAUGCGCCACAGCUGCACGUGAAAGGAGGCCGGCCUGGCAGCCCGAACACUUGCACCCCAGGCCCCACGCCUGCCCACCCACCUCCACAAGCCCAUGGUCCCUUGGGGGGCUGGCGCUGGGGAACCCAGCCGAGACUGACUUCUUCAUGCAUUGGUCUGAACCAAGCGCGGACUGAUUUCAAGCCCCCCCGGUAGCUCUUGGGCAGGCAUCCAGCAUUAAGUUUUAAGUUUCUUUGGGUUAUUUUUGGUUUUGGGUUUUUUUGGAAUCGGACUGAUAUGUAGUUGAGAACUCCCCGUUGGUCCCGAGUUGCUUUUCCUGGUCAGCCCGUCUGGGCUUCCCGGUGCUUGGCCUGAAGCGAGGCCGGUGGCUGGCGGCGUGGGCACAGCUGUUUAUUCCCCGGGACUCUACUCACUCCUUUCAUCUAGUCAAAAAACAAGUCUGUCUUUAAGAGAAAAUAAAGGCCCUGGUAUUUUCUUACUUAUUCAUCCCUGCACCAACAA